AUGACAAUUGAUCAGUUGCCUAAAUGCUUAUUCAAAGAGGGAACUGAAACACAAGUUGAGAAGGUCAACAACAGUUGUCGAACUUCCAUACUUGCGAAGGUGGCGAAGUACUGUCCAGACGAGUACAAAGAAGUGUCGGAGGAUCCGCUAUUUGCUCAGAUUGUGGCCAUUCAUGUACACAAGCUUCAGAGGCCUCUCAGAUUUUCAAUGCAAGAAUUCUAUGCCAUCACAGGUUUGAAAUACAAUGACGAGCCCGACUUGGAGAUUGAUGACUUGGAAUAUGAUGGAGGGUUUUGGAGUAAGUUGCUAAGGAGACAGAAAAAUAUUUCGGUUCAGCAAAUCAGGAAGGUUCAUGUGAAGUUGUGUAAUACAUGGUCUCGUGUUGAUAGGCUGCGGUUGGUCUAUUUGUGUGUGAUUGCUGGUAUUCUUAUGGCGAAGGAUGAGAAGGUGUGGAUCCCAUACAAGUACAUCAAGCUCGUGAUGAACUUCGAGAAGAUGAGGAAAUAUCCGUGGGGUCUUCACUCUUUUGAUAUGCUGGUGAGUUCCAUUAUCAACGCUAGGGAUAAAGUGAAGACGCAAAACAGUUAUGUCGUAGAUGGAUUCUCGUAUGCACUUCAGAUUUGGUUGAUGGAAGCUGUUCCGGACAUUGGGUCUCUUUUGGGUCAGAAACUGAGAGAAGGCGUGACUACCAUGAGGUGCAGGAAUUGGAAAGGAUCUGCUAAGAUUUCCUAUGAGGAUAUUAUUACCAUAGAGUCUAAUUUUGCUUCCACCGGAGAUGUGUUUCCAUCCAUUUCUACAUCUGGAAAUUUCAAAGACGUGAUUACUGAUGCCGAGUUUGUUCGAGCCUGUGAGAUGAAGGAUGAAAGAGUUGAUCUAAUCAUUGACAUGCAGCGAAACAAGUAUGACUGGAGUAAGCAUGUUUGGGCUUAUAAGGAAACAGUGAAACCAUUUCAGUACAGUUCUGAGGAAGAUGGUUCAGAUGAGGAAGCGGCUGUAGAGACAAGUGAAACUGAAAUUGAAGAAGAAAUAGAAAGCACCCGUGUGUCUCCUACUAAGAAGAGGAAGAACAGGUUUCGGGAUACUGGUGCGGAGUCGAGGAAGAAGAGGUUACUUUGCCAAAGAUCAACCGAGAAAUAUAGAGAUCUUGAAGAGGAAAUGAAGUCCUAUAUCCAGAGUAUGUUUAACUCUUCUUUUACUGCCUUAGGCCUCGAGGUACGCGAGAUUAUUGAAGACCGCUUUACCAAAUUAGAGGAGAAGAUCCUUUCAUCUCAGACUCAGGGUGGUGCGCCUGCUAAUACUCAGACUCGUGGUACUGAUCCGUUUUGGACUCCUUCUGCUGCUGCUGCUGGUGCUGCUGCUGCUGCCACUGCUCCGGCUUCGGUUUCUGGUCGUCCUCCUGCUCCUACUCGGGCUUCUACCGAAGCUCCAGCUUCAGUUUCUACUCGUGGUCUUGCUCCUUCUCGCAGUGCGGCUUCUGCUCCUUAUCGCAGUCGAGCUUCUGCGACUGCUCACAAUGGUGGCCCUGCGAAUGCUGCGAAUACAAGGUCUCAGACAAAGGAUGCAGAUUUGUCUGAUGUGUUUGGCAGCUUAUUUAGCACCUUAGAUGUGAAUAUAGGGACCCAAGAGUACUUACAGAAGACAAUGGGUAACCUUACACAAGAGUCAAAUGUUGACGGUUUUGAUCCAUCUCAAGACAAGCAGUCCGAAGGACCUUCUGAUUUCACUACGCCAAUGACUUCUUUUCGGCCACAGAUCUUCAAAACACCAUUCUUGAUUGAUAGUGAUGAUAUAGAAGUUCGUUGCAAAGCGAAAGACUACGAAUUAGUUUUCCUUCCAGAAGAGAAAUGGGCCAAACUAACUGAAUGGACAUUGAAUCCCACAGUACUUCAGAUUGGGCCAUCUACAUUUGAUGCAGAGUUAGCCUCGCGGAUUAUUGGGCCUAAUAUUUGGUUGAAGAACUUUGACAUGGACGCCAUGAUGUAUUUGUUUCGGGAAAAAACCACAUUGCGUCAGUGGAGUCCAGACCGAGUCGCAUUUUUGAACUGUAUGUUCAGUAAUCAGAUUAUCACGGCCUAUGGGAAGUUUGAUGGAAACAGGAGAGGGUACAAAAUCGACGACAAUUUUCUCGAGUAUGGAAGAGGCGAGCUUCCAUAUCAUGGAAGCACAGGUUCAGUAUGGAGCGUUGAUGUCGAUCGUCUCUACAUCCCUAUAUGUGUUAACCAAAUCCACUGGAUCUCUAUUUGCGUCAAUCUUGUGAACCGGACAAUUGAUGUCUUCGAUUGUGGGGGUAAGAAGAACAACAGGGUCAUCGAAGCUUUUGCCGUCCUCAUUCCACGAAUCGUCAAGGCAGUCCAGUCGCCAGAGAGGAGAAAGAUUUCAAUGUGA